CACACAACUUCGAAUCUCAUAACAUUUGUAUAUUCUGUCGUGUCAACAGGGAUGUCUUCUUGAGAUUUGCUUAGUGGAUACCUAUUAUUUUAAGGAUACAGUGGAUGUUAAAUAAGUGAAAUAUUCAAAUAUCAUAAUGUUGGGAAGAAAGUUGUUUAAUAAUAACAACCCGGGAGAAAAGAAAGAGCAGAUAAAAGGGAAAGAAGAGCUCAAUAAAACAUAUAAUGUUGGUGCACAGCUGGGAAGUGGUGGUUUUGGAACAGUGUAUGGAGGCACUAGGAGAAGUGAUGGACUACCUGUUGCUGUUAAAUUAAUCAACAAAAACAAAGUGACUGAAUGGGGACUUCAUAAUGGACAUAAUAUACCAAUGGAAAUUAUUCUCUUGAAAAAAGUUUCUCAUGUUUCUGGAUGUAUUAAAAUGUUAGAUUGGUAUGAAGUGAAAAACAAUAGUGCUCACAGUUAUGUUAUUGUGAUGGAACGUCCAGAGCAUGUUCAAGAUUUAUUUGACUAUAUCACAGAAAAGGGCGCUGUUAAUGAAGAAACCAGCAAAGUGUUCUUUAGACAAAUAGUAGAGACUCUAUAUAAUGUUCAUAGAUCAGGUGUUGUACACCGAGACAUUAAAGAUGAAAAUAUUUUAGUGGAUUUGAAAACUGGUGAACUGAAAAUAAUUGACUUUGGAUCUGGUACAUUGCUCAAAGAUACAGUAUAUGUGACAUUUGAUGGUACAAGAGUGUAUAGUCCUCCUGAAUGGAUAAAACACCAUAGAUACCAUGGUAGGUCAGCAACAGUGUGGUCAUUGGGAAUUUUAUUAUUUGACUUAGUUUGUGGAGAUAUUCCAUUUGAACAAGAUGAACAAAUCAUGAAAGCAGAAGUGUCAUUUAGAGGAAGAUUAUCACAUGAUGUGAAAGACUUGAUUAAAAAGUGUUUAGCAAUUCGUCCAUCAGAUAGGCCAUCUUUUGAAGACAUUUUAAAUCAUUCAUGGUUAGCAACAACUCCACAGUUGCCAGUUGAAAAACUUAGUUUACAUGGAAAUAAUAACAAUAGUUCUUGCCAGCAUGGAAAUUCUGUAGACACUGUUUCAAUGAGUAGUCAAGAAAGCGUGUGACAAAAAUUUAAGACAAUAGAUUUAGUCAAUAUUCUGUGCAACAGAAAAUGCAAUAAACUCACUCAUUCCAAUGCUCAGGGAUUAAUCAAACAAUUUGCCAAAGUCUGGCAUAAUUUUAUUGUGCUAUUCAAAGAUGACAUGCUCAUAGGACUUGUUUUAUUUAUUUAUUUAUGAUAUAAGUUCUGAGAACUUAUUUGCCACUGCCAUUUCAAUGCAUGUGAAACAUUUGUACUUUUGUUGUCAAUAAGUGUAAAAUUCAAUUUUGUAUAAACUGGUGCUAAAAAUUACGACUUGGUUUAUACCCUAGAUAGACAAUUUUAGUAGAUUUUACAACGGAGAAACUAAGUUUCUUGAUAAUAUUUAAUGUACUGUAGUAUUUAACAUUCACAUUGAUUUUAGAUACAACUUGGAGUCUUGACUUACUCCUAUGUAGCAAUUUGGCACUAAACUAACAUUUUCCAAUUUAUAUUUAACAGAUUUUAUAAUCUGGAUCUGCAUUUUAAAAUUUGUAAUUUAUGCAACAAUUAUACAAGAUUGCCUGCCAGAAAAGUUCUCAUUAAAUCAUUUUUAUGGAUUUUUCAAAUCAUUGAUCAUUCAUUUUGUAAAUAUAAAAUCAUAUAUUUAUUGGCAGAAUUUUGCCGUGUGUAUGACUGUAGUGUGCAAGAUAAAACUGAGACUGAGGUAUAAUAGGAGAUGGAUGUAUGAGCAAAGAGCCAUUUUACAAAAAUUGUUCGGAGUGAUAUUAAUGAUGAAGUGAGAGUUGUUCUGUGUGUUGCUUAUAAGCAGCUUAGUAAGGUGUGUCUAAUUUAUUUGGGAGAAAUCCUUUGUGUUUGUUUGUAAUGUAUAUAACUUAUUUUUAUAAAGAAAAAAGAAAUGGAAGGAUCCAAAAGAUUUAAAAAUAAAAGUAUAAAUAUUAA